AUGUACCUUAGCGACCCCGAGAAUAAGUGCCAUCGUGUUUCCCAAAAAAAAUCGCAUAACACAGCGGGAAAAUUUGGUGUCCUUCACUCUGAAUGCGACACCCCUUACACGCUAACGAAUUCGACGUUUGAUUUUCUCCGAAAGAAUUUUUCCGAUGUAGACUUCGUCAUAUACACCGGAGACACGUGCAGGCACGAGCGUGAUCCAAACGUUCCGCUGACAAAAGAGUACGUCAUUUUCUGUCACCGGCUCUUGGUGCAAUGGUUCACUGAAUAUUUUGAUUUGCGGAGGGUUAAGAUUAUUCCGGUCUUGGGGAACAACGACGAAUGGGAGCACAACCAGUUAACCGCCGGGCCGAAUUCAUUGCUUUCCAAUCUCACCGAUAUUUGGGCUCCUCUCCAUUUGAAUCUGACAAACGAUUUCUACAUCGGUGGAUAUUUCCGACAGGAUGUCAACCUUCGAUUAAGUGUUCUCGGUUUGAAUUCGAUGUACUUUUUCGAUGCAAAUUCCAAGGUUAAAGAUUGCAAGAGCAAAAGCUCCCCAGGCGCCAAGCAAUUGAAAUGGUUAGAGGAGGAGUUGGAGAGCGCAAGAAGGGAGAAUAGGAAGAUUUAUGUGGCCCAGCAUAUAUCUCCGUUGGACUCAUCAGGCGAACCGGACUAUUAUCCGACGUGUUUUAGCAAAUACGUUCAACUAAUGGGCGAUUACUCCGAUGUCAUCCAUGGGCAUUUCACGGGACACACCAACCAAGAUACACUGACAUUUGUGUCGUCCGGUAAAGGUCUUAAAGGAAAUAAUUAUUACUUGACUCUUCUCACAGAAGAACAAAGGGAAAGAAAAGAGUACCCGAGUUCCGAUCAUAGGGUCGUAUUAGUGUUCAAUAAUGCUCCAUCAAUUAUCCCAGUCAACAAUCCGGCUGUCCGAGUGUAUCACUACUCCACCGAUGACCUAGAUUUUGGGGUUCUACUUAACUAUCAUCAAUAUUUCACCAAUCUCACCGAAGCAAAUAUGAUCGGAGAGGUGCGUUGGUACUUGGAAUAUUCGGCCAACGAUCACUUUGGUAUAGACAGUUUGCAUAGAGAUGGAUGGGAAAGACUAUUUAAAAGAUUUAGGAAGCCCGAUUUGGAAUUGUGGAAGAGAUAUAUUAAAUAUAUUGAAGUUAACACCAAAGAAGAAUUGUCAAGUAGAAUCGAGAACGCCGGAUUACUUCGACUGAUCACCGCUUAUAGGACUCACGGUCAUAGAGCCGCCGAUCUUGAUCCAUUGGGAAUUAUGGAAUCGGAGUAG